UAAUUUUGUUCACUUCAAAAAAAUUUCCCGACCCAUGCUCUACUCUGUUUUCGUGUUACAAAAUUUCGCGAUUGGUUUUUGUCUUUGACAUUUGUUGCCAAUAUACGAUAUACUUCUUUACUGUUUAUCAUACUUUGUUGAAGAGGGUAAAAUAUACGUAUUAGUUAAAAGACAUAUGUUCAAAGUGAUUGUAAACAUUCUUAAAAAAUGAAAAAUAUCUACCCGACUUCAAGUAUGCGUUCAAUAGUUUAUUAUUGUACUAUUCAAAGAAAAUAUAAUGUCGAACGUCUAUUGGCAAUUCUGAAUGUAUACAUUUGUUAUCUGUCAUUAUAUGUGAUAUAGGUUUGAGUGCGUAAAUACUACACUGAGCUGUCGGGAGCAAUGCUUUGUUGUAUGAAGUUCACUGAGUGAAGUAAUGGAAAAUUAUUGGGAUGAAUCUGUUGAAGGAUCGGUUAUUAGCAAUGGCAAUGAGAUACUUCUUACCACUGAACCAUCGUCAUCAUCAUUUUGUGUCGAAACACAAAAUAGUGAUCAUCGAGGUUCUGGAAGAAUAGCAACUGUAUUUUUAAUAGUUAAUGCAGCACUUGGAGCUGGUUUACUAAAUGUACCCCAAGCAUUUGAUCAAGCUGGAGGGAUAGGCACAGCUUUGACAGUUCAGGCAGUUCUUUUAGUUUGGAUAGUGGGAGCUCUCCUCAUUCUAGCCAAAUGUGCUGAAGAUGUCGGGGCAACCAAUCUUCAAGAAGUAUUAGCUGCUCUGUCAGGAAAUACGGGACUCAUUGCAUGCUCUAUUGUUGUGGCUCUCUAUUGCUUUGGAACAUGCGUAACAUUCCUGAUAAUCAUUGGGGAUCAAUUUGACAGAGUAGGUGUGGGUGCUGUUCUGUAUGUUGUGGCUUUGAUUGUGUAUGAAAAGUAUACUGGUGGUUUUAUUCCUGGACCUAUUAAAACGGUUCCUGAUCAUUGGACUGAUGUCUUCCUUGUAGUUCCAGUCAUUUGCUUUGGCUAUCAGUGCCAUGUUAGUAUUAUUCCCAUCUAUUCAUGUCUUCGGCAUCGGAAUAUGAGGAAUUUUGCAUGCAGCUCGAUGACUGCUAUUGCAAUUUGUGUCAUCUGCUACAGUAUUGCUGGUGUGUUUGGUUACUUGACAUUUGGCUCCAAUGUUGCAAUUGACAUUUUACUGGGAUAUGGUGGUUCCAAUCCGCUUGUACUUUUUGGGAUUGCUGCCAUUGCUAUUAAAACAUUUACUACUUACCCAAUUUUAUUGUUUUGUGGAAGGGAAGCUGUCAGUACUCUCCUUACAUUUGUGCCUUGGCUGAGAAGCAAUGAUGUGGCUGUGACUGAACGAAAACGAAGAAUUAUUAUAGCCAGUAUUUGGUUUUUCCUUUCAUUGAUAUUCUCAGUUAUCAUUCCAGAUAUUCAAAUUGUUAUUAGUAUAUUGGGAUCUCUGGCUGCUGUAUUUAUUUUCAUCUUUCCAGGGAUUUGUUUAUUACAGUCAACACUGCAUCGUGAUCCAUUCAUAAUCUUAAAUAUUGACCGAAUUUUUAUAUUACUCGCUUCUUUGUUUUUCCUGCUUGGUGCCUUCAUUAUUGGAGUGGUUAUAAGUCAAAUCCCAGAGGAGAUCGCCAAGGAGUCUUCCAAGACACUUUUAUGUACUUAGAUAGAAUUAUAUUUAAUCACCUCACUAUUGAGGCAGGAACUCUGCACUUGUAUUAUUUUUUAUUUAUAUUGAAGUAAUGAUUGCCAUUAUGAUGAUGUGAAACUGAUCAAUUUUCCUUAUAUAUUGACGUUUAUUGAAUGCAUUUGCACUGUCUCAAUAUUUAUUAUUAUAGUAUCAUUUAUGACAAUUUUGUAUACAUAAAUGUUCUUACCUAAUAUAUUACUGUAAGGGACCAUACUGAUGUAUUUUUAAAGUUGAAAGUAUUUUGAUAUACCACUUACUAAUGUUACAUAUUGUGAAAAAUUAUACUCAUUGAAUGUAUCUCACUUGUUUUUGUGCACUAUUGUGUAUCCAGUUUGUUUCUCUUAUAUCAGCCCUGAUAACUUAUGUAGGGUGUUAUGGACAAUAAUGAAAAUAAGACUGCAUUUUGAUGAUA